AUGGCUGAGGAGGUGAAGCUCUCUGUGCAGGAAAGAUCGACCCUGGAUGAAGUGCUGCUGCAGAUUCGCAUGAUGGAAUUAGAGGAUGAGCAGUCACCGUCUGAGUUUGCUCAGAGGCUUCAUGAGCGCUGCAUGCAGCUGGUACAGCAGGUCUCAGGAAACCCAAAUUCUGAGCUAGUUGUGAUUGAACUGUUCAUCAGAAAACUUCCAGAGACCAUCAGAAACUAUGUGGGGUCCAAACCUCUCACCUCUCUGUCUGAUGCUCUCAACCUGGUACAGGAGUGGACAGAAUCUGAGGCCGAGAACGUCGCUGUCCACACAGAUACCUCUCCAGGUGAAGCAGUGGAACCCCAGCAGCAGCAGGUACAGAUAGAAGACCCGAACCCCUCCAUUGAAGAGAGCACUGAGGAAACAGGGGCCAGACGUAUUCCAGAAACAAACUACAGGAGUGCCACCACACAAGAGCCUCCCCUUGUCACCAUAACUACCAAAUCUGAUAACACCCAACCUGAAAUUAACAUUGAUGACCAAAGUCUGAAGGAACAGAUCACAAACUGUCCGCCAGACAGAGAGAUACUAACCCAUUAUCAUCACAUCAUCUUCACAAUUCUUCAGGCAUUAACAUUUUUGCUUUCUGUCGGACUCGUCACUGAAGAUAAACUCAAAAGGAAAUUUCAUGUGACCGACUUUAAACUGGGUGCAAGAAGCACGGACGGUGAUGGUGACGGGACAGAGGAAGUUAAGGAACGUUUGCGAUUUCUUUUAUUUGGAGGGAACCCAGAUGACUACUGGUAUUUUAAUGAACUUGAAAAGGAUUUGUUAGAAAGCCUGAAUGAUAUGGACCCAGUGAAAAGACUAGAGACAGCACUCCUGCACCGCAUCUUCUGGUCAGAAAGCAGAAAGCUGGAGUUCAUCCGGAGGUUCGUUAAUCUGCUAAGUGGACAAAAGCUCAAAUACAGCAAUAUGAAAAGCUUUCAGAACUGGAAAACCAAGGUAAACAAGAUUAAACCUGGGCUGGUAGAAGAGAUGGAGAAGGAGAGAGCUGAACAUAACAAACAGGAACAUUUUCCUUACCCUAAGAAUCUUUAUGGUCUUGUUCGCUUUAUACGCAACUGCUUGGAGCACAGUAAUAACUCAUCAGGACUAAACCAGGUAGAGUUCAGAGCUGAUGUGGCAGUGGAGAUGAACUUCACAUCAAUCUUUCCAGACCUGUUUGAGACUGUUUACAAGCUGGCUAAGGAGAAGGACUGGAUCUCCAAGUGUUUUCCCCAGUAAUGUAAUAAAACCUGUUUGUGGUUGACUAUCUGGCAUUAUGUAACUGUGCGAUCAUGACUUUGUGAUGGUGAGAUGGAAUCACCUGUAGCAGACUAGUUACUAAUAAUUAAA